AUGACAAAGUACUAUUACGAAAUGAAAAAAUAAUUCUUAAAAUGUUUUUUAAAAAAUUAAAGAAGAAAACAUAUUCAUGCAACAAUAGAUCGCCAAACGAAAAAUUGGUUGACCUGCUAAAUGCAUCUAGGGAUGGGAGAACCGAUAUAGUAAAGAUACUCAAAGAAAAUGGAGUAGAUUUAAAUGAUAUCCCUUUAGAUCAAAAAAACGGACAAGGUUUAUCAGCUUUGCAUAUCGCCGCACGUUACAAUCAGCCCGACUGCGUUAUAGUUCUUCUUGAAAAUGGAGCUGAUGCUAAUAAAAAAGAUAAUUUUGGUUUUCAAGCAUGUCACGAUGCAUCAUUAAAAGGUCAUUAUGAAUGUUUAUAUAAUAUUUUAAAGUAUCAAAAGUUUCCAGUUUCAGUAAAAGAUUUAGAUUACAUAACACCCAUGUUUUAUGCAAUUCAAAAUAACCACACAGAGUGUUUAAAUCUACUUACCGAAUAUAUGACAAUAUCAAGUAAUGCUGUUGUUGAAAUAUAUUCAAAACGAAAUGUUGAUAGCCGAGUUCUUCAGAUGGUUGACCCGCAAAAAAUAGUGGAUGCACGCAUUGACGGAUCCAGGAAUUUUUGGUGGUGGUGGUGGGGGUCAAUGUUGAAAUAUUUUGUAUCACAGUUGCGUCUCUUUAAAAGUAAAAAAAAGGUCCUCACUAAAGACUUACCAAUUGACAAAAUAAGCGAGUAUCUUAAUAACUGCGCAAUGAACGGAGAUCCGAAAGCAUUUUAUUGGUUUAAAAUGAACAUAAAAAACAUUUCACAAGAACAAAUUAACCAAUCUAUGUUAGUCGCUGUGCAACAUGGUUGGAUUAAUUAUGUGGAGAGCUUACUAAACGAGGGAUCUGAUGUAAACACAAGAAGUAAAGAUCAAUCUACAGCACUUCAUUACGCAGCCAAAUAUGAUCAUGUGGAACUCAUUGAAAAACUAUGUAUCCGUGGAGCUCAGAUAAACGCUAAAAACAACGAAAAAUGGACUCCAUUACACAUAGCAAUUUUACAAGAUAACACCGAUAGUGUCAAGCAGUUGCUAAAGUGUUCGUGUAAUGUAAACGAACAAGGGGGUGCCCCAAGAAGUCCUUAUGGUCUUAUUAUCAUAGAACACCGCAGAAGAGCAUUUGAAAAGAAGUUAACGCCUCCUUCCUUACCGAUGUUAAUAACUUGCCAAAAGGUGGCGGAUCUCUAGCUUCUGAGGCAAGCGCGCUAACCACUGUGCUACUGCUACUUACACUCCAUAGCACCUACCACUAUUUAAACCAGUUGAUGUAUGUCACUCCACUGUAACCACAGCAAUAUCUGCAGCUAUAUUUACGUACGCAUUGAUGUACUUAUUUUAUGUAACUUUGAAAAAUAAAAAUAGAUAAUA